ACAGGGAGGUAUUGAUAUUGCUAUGAGAGAAGACAGAGGGAGAGAGACCAUAUAUGUAAAGAAUAUAGUAUAUGAGAAUUUGAGAGACUGGGGAUGCAUGUGUCUGUGUGAGACAGAGAGAGGAGUGAGAGAAGGUAUAUCCUCUGGCCCUUGGAGAGUGAGCGUGAGGCUGAAUGGGAGCCAGAAAAAGGGGAAGGGCCUCGCGUCAGCCAACAAAAACAACUGCCUGAGACUACGCAGGAAAACAGUGUCUGGUAGAGUAUAGGGAGAGGUGGACAGAGAGUGAGAGGACAGGAGAGAGAGAGAGAGAGAGAGAGAGCGCCAGGGCUCACAUCUCUAUAUGGGUUGCGUCCUGACUGCGGAGCCUUGCUGUGGGGAGGAAGCAGAGCCUGUGCCCGUGGUGAGAGGGCCACUGACGCGCCGAGGUCCAGAGAGGUCCAACAGCGGCAGGAUGAGGCUGACUAAGACAGGGAAGGGGGAGCCCCAUGUCUUCAAGGAGAAAACCUUUAAGAAGAACCGUCAGUGUGGGGUGUGUCGUCAGAGUGUGGACAACACGGGGUCCUUUUGCCGAGUGUGUAAAACAGCCACUCACAAGAAAUGCGAGGCAAAGGUGACCACAGCUUGCAUCCCAGCUCUCUCGUCUGAUCUGCAGGGCAAAGGAACUGCUCCAUCCCGACACAUCCAACACCUGGGCUCCACAAGGUCUUUGACUUACAACAAACAGAGGAACACCCUCUCCAGGAGUAUCAGUGUGGACCGUGUGAUGGAGAGAGUCAUGGAGCGUCAUUAUGACUUUGACCUGACCUACAUCACUGAGAGGAUCAUCUCCGUGUUCUUCCCCCCUCUGCUGGAUGAGCAGCGCUACCGUCUCAACCUCAAGGAGGUGACCGCCAUGCUCAGGUCCAAGCACCAGGACAAGUUCCUGCUCUUCAACCUCUCUGAACGGCACCAUGACAUCACCCGCAUGAAUCCAAAGGUCCUUGACUUCGGCUGGCCUGACUUCCAUGCCCCUCCCCUGGACAAGAUCUGUGCCAUGUGUAAGGCCAUGGAGACGUGGCUGACCUCCGACCCCCAGCAUGUGGUGGUCCUGCACUGCAAGGGCAACAAGGGCAAAACAGGAGUGAUUAUUGCAGCCUACAUGCACUACAGCAAGAUCUCUGCAGGGGCAGACCAGGCCCUCAGCACCCUGGCCAUGAGGAAGUUCUGCGAGGAUAAGGUAUCUUCCUCCCUCCAACCGUCCCAAAACAGGUAUAUCUACUACUUUGGGGGGCUCCUCUCUGGGGCGAUCAAGAUGAACAGCAGUCUGCUACUCCUCCACCAGGUCCUCAUCCCCACGCUUCCUAACUUCCAGGGCAAAGGAGGUUACUUCCCCUUCCUGAAGAUCUACCAGUCCAUGCAGCUGGUCUAUACAUCAGGGAUAUAUGACUUGAAGGGUUCUGUGGGCAGAAGACUGUGUGUGACCAUUGAGCCUGCACUGCUGCUGAAGGGAGACAUCAUGGUGAAGUGUUACCACAGACGGGCACAGGGUGCAGAGAGGGACACAGUGUUCAGACUGCAGUUCCACACCUGCACCAUCCACGGGGCCCAGCUAUGGUUCGGCAAGGGGGAGUUGGAUGAGGCCUGUACUGAUGAACGAUUUCCCUCGGAUGCCACUGUGGAGUUUGUCUUCUCCUCGGGACCAGAGAAAAUGAAAGGGCGUGAGUACCAGAGAAAUGACCCUGCUGUCACAGUGGACUACAACACAGCUGAUCCAGUGGUGCGCUGGGACUCCUAUGAGAACUUCAACCAGCGCUAUCAAGACAGCCUCGAUGGUACAGUCCAGAGAAACAUAGCCCACACCAGGGGUCCAGUGGACGGAAGUCUGUACGCCCAGAUAAAGAAGCGUCUCUCAGCCCCAGGCUCUGGCUCCCUGACCUCCACCAAUGGCAGUCCAGCAGGCACCAGCGAGGAGAGGCCCAGUCAGAGCCAGCUGCUCUCUCCCAGCUCUGACUCUCUCACUCACUCCGGCCACUCGUCUGCCCUCCCAGAGCAUUCAGAGGAGUCCAAAGGGCUCCCGCCACCCACCCGGCAGGAGAGAGAGGACCUGGACCGACUGCUGGGGGGCAUCGAGGGGGAGAGGGACGGCCUGGACAGAGAGAGGGAGACUGCCAUCCUGGACGAUGGGGACUUGUCGUCUGAGCAUACUGGCACCCUGAGGCUCGACCGCUCCUGUUCUUGCAGGGUGGGCUACCACUCCCAGCGCUGUGCCGAGCCCGACUGUGACCGACUCCACCUCAUGUCCAGCGGCUACUGCCGGGACAGAGCUCCGGGCACCAACGGCCACCCUGGGUCACCGCCCUUGACUAACCCUGCCACCGUCCCCUCACACAUGGACCUGUGUCAGCACUACAGCCCACACCCUCAACCCCAUCAGGCCCUGCCUCCCCCUGACCUGGUAUGGAACCGCCAACAGGGCCCUCCACACUACCUGCACCGUGAGGGACCCUCUCGUCACCCCUCUCUGUGCCCCUAUCCAUCCCAGGACCUGACCUCUCACCCCCACACCCUUCAUCCCGGGCGCCUGCUCUGUAGAAGUGAUGACUAUGGUCCGUACCAUCACCCUCCCUCACACACCCACCAUCACCCUCACCACCCCAAGUCCUCCGGGUCCUACCAAGAUAUGCUGCUGCUGGACGGCAUGCCGCCCCCUGGCUGCCCUUGCCGGGACUGCCUCACCAGGAGGGAGGAUUCAGCCUUCCACGGCCUGCGGCUGGAGCGAGGAGAGAGCUUCCACUGGGACAGAGAGGCAGAACUGCAGCAUCGGGAAGCAGGGCUAAGGAGAGUAAGGGAGUCUGAGCUGCCUAGAGGGGCAGAGAUGCAUUGGGAGAGGGAGGCAGGGGGACUGAGAAGAGGCAGGGAGAUGUCACUGCACUGGGAGAGAGACAGGGAGGCAGAGCUCCAAUGGGAGAGGGAGAGAAAGGCCGACUAUUGGCACCGGAGGGCCUACAGGCUUCAGGACCACGAGCUACCUGCCUUCUCUUUUGACCCUCUACCGUCCGGUCACCCUGCGUACCCAGAGGCGUCUCGCUCCCACGGCCACGCCCACCUGGACCUGAAGUACAGCAGCAACAGCAGCAGUGGCUACCAGACCCCGCACCAGGUCUGCCUCUGCUCCCACUACCAGCCCUCCCCAUCUGAGAGCAGGGGUUAUGCCUCAGGUUACCAGUCUGAGUCCACCUCCCCUCUGCCCCCUCCCUCCACCCUGUCAGGCCCCUGCAGCCACACCAGAGGGCCAGCAGACCACCACCCCGAAGCCCACACUCAGCAGUACCCAUCUGAGAGCCAGACAGAUGGAAGGGGGAUGAGUGAGAACGUGAGUUGGCGGGACCACAUCUCCCAGGGUUCCUUCAAGAGGAUGCAUCCUUCAAGAGAUGUCCCGUGUUCCACGCCCUCUGACCUCUCUAGGCCGCCCACCCCUGUUCUCACCAGCAGCCCUCUGUGCACACAAGAAAGCCUCAGUCUAGGGGUGCACUCACUAGUUGGAUCGACUGACAUAGUCAACAGUGACUGUGAGUCUGUCCAGUCUCAGGAUAGGCCCGGCAGUGCUGCUGCUCAGGGGUCGCAGGUCACCCAGCAACACAUCCCUGACCCUUUACAGUCUACAUCCGUGACACCCACACCUUCCCCUACCCAACCCAACAGCCGCUGGACCACACUGACAGCAACACAACCACCCUCACCCCACCAGCCCCAGAACCACAGUGCUACACCUUCACCCCACCAGCCCCAGAACCACAGUGCUACAUCUUCACCCCACCAGCCCCAGAACCACAGUGCUACAUUUUCACCAUACCAGCCCCAGAACCACAGUGCUACAUUUUCACCAAACCAGACCCAGAACCACAGCGCUACAUCUUCUCCCCAACAGCCCCAGAACCACAGAGCUACACCUUCACCCCACCAGCCCCACAGAGCUACACCUUCACCCCACCAGCCCCAGAACCACAGUGCUACAUCUUCACCCCACCAGCCUCAGAACCACAGUACUACAUCUUCACCCCACCAGCCCCAGAACCACAGUGCUACAUCUUCACCCAAACAGCCCCAGAACCACAGUGCUACAUCUUCACCCAAACAGCCCCAGAACCACAGUGCUACAUCUUCACCGCACCAGCCCCAGAACCACAGUGCUACAUAUUCACCCCACCAGCCCCAGAACCACAGUGCUACAUCUUCACCCCACCAGACCCAGAACCACAGUACUACAUCUUCACCCCACCAGCCCCAGAACCACAGAGCUACAUCUUCACCCCACCAGCCCCAGAACCACAGUACUACAUCUUCACCCCACCAGCCCCAGAACCACAGUGCUACAUCUUCACCCCACCAGCCCCAGAACCACAGUACUACAUCUUCACCCCACCAGCCCCAGAACCACAGUGCUACAUCUUCACCCCACCAGCCCCAGAACCACAGUGCUACAUCUUCACCCCACCAGCCCCAGAACCACAGUGCUACAUCUUCACCCCAACAGCCCCAGAACCACAGUGCUACAUCUUCACCGCACCAGCCCCAGAACCACAGUGCUACAUCUUCACCCCACCAGCCCCAGAACCACAGUGCUACAUCUUCACCCCACCAGCCCCAGAACCACAGUGCUGCAUCUUCACCCCACCAGCCCCAGAACCACAGAGCUACAUCUUCACCCCACCAGCCCCAGAACCACAGUGCUACAUCUUCACCCCACCAGCCCCAGAACCACAGUGCUACAUCUUCAACCCACCAACCCCAGAACUACAUUGCUACAUCUUCACCUUUAACUACAACCAGCCAGCCCAGCAACCACUGCCACCCUGCUACACCCACUCAGACACCCACUGAGGAAGCUAGCCUAACUGGUCCAAAGACCACCCAUCCUACAGAGACUGCUGUACUGCCUCCUGUUGCCCAGCCCCAGUUCCAGUCCCCCAACCCUGUACCUGGAGCAUGUCCACUCAGGAAACUGACCACAGAGGUCCCUAAAUCCAGCUCCACCCUCACCUUGGCCCCUUCCUCCCCCCAGCCUCCCAUCAGCAGUCUGGAGGGGUUCCCCUCCUCAGAGCCUCCUGUCCCCGGCUUCGCCACCCUGGGCCGGAGGUUGAUGCUGGUCACUGAGCCCCCAGGACCCCUGCAGCACUACCCUGGCAUGGAGGGCAGCACCAGUGGGCACUCUCCAGCCCCUGAGGUACACACCACCCCCACAUUCCCCAUCUCUGCCACCGCCUGCUAUCCCCCAUCAGUCCCACAUGUGCCAUACUUGAGCUACACUGCUGUCACCAUCCCCCAGUGCCAACUCCCAGAGAAACGGGGUCAGUCUGCCCAGCCAGGGUCGCCUAAUUGCGGGGUGAGGACCCUGAGGCCAACCCCCUCACAGCACCAUGUCACCUUCUCUCCAACGGUGGGGGAGAUGGCGCCCCCUGCAGGCCAAGGGAAGGGAGUGCUAUCUCUGGAGAGUGAGAUGGCAGGCAGAGUCAGUGUUACGUUUGUCCAGGACAACUCACGCUUCUGGUACAAGCCUGGCAUCUCCAGGGACCAAGCCAUAGCUGCGCUGAAGGAGAGAGAACCAGGGGCCUUUCUUAUCCGGGACAGCAACUCCUUCCAGGGAGCCUAUGGCCUGGCGCUGAAAGUGGCCACCCCGCCCGCUAACCUCAACAACCCCAGCAGCAGAGUGGUCGAUCCAUUGGAGCAGCUGGUGCGACACUUCCUGAUUGAGACGGGCCCCCGUGGAGUGAAGAUCAAAGGGUGUCAGAAUGAACCCCACUUUGGGAGUUUGUCUGCGUUAGUAUACCAGCACUCCAUCACUCCCAUCUCUCUGCCCUGUUCCCUACGGAUCCCAGAGAAAGAUCCCAUUGGAGAAAUGCAGGAGCUGCAGUCACCUGCUAGUAACAUGAGCACAGCUUCAGACCUGCUCAAACAGGGUGCAGCCUGUAAUGUGCUUUACCUGAACUCUGUGGAGACUGAGUCACUGACCGGACCCCAGGCCAUCUCCAGGGCAACCGGAGCCACCCUGGCACAGAACCCCCGGCCAGCGGCCACAGUGGUCCACUUCAAAGUGUCCUCACAGGGCAUCACACUGACCGACAGCCAGCGCAGGGUGUUCUUCAGGAGACACUACCCAGUCAACAGUGUGACCUUCAGCAGCAUCGACCCCCAGGACAGGAGGUGGACUAACUCAGACAGCACAACUUCUAAGGUGUUUGGGUUUGUAGCCAAGAAGCCAGGCAGCAUGGCAGAGAACGUGUGUCAUCUGUUUGCCGAGCUCGACCCGGAGCAGCCUGCCUCAGCCAUCGUCAACUUCAUCAACAAGGUGAUGUUAGGGCCGCAGCGCAGGUAGAGAGACAGAAAAGGACCAAGCCAGGGACCUGUCACCGCAACAACACUGUCACAACUCCUAAAGAGAAUCAGGAGGCCACAGAAUUGCUUUACAGACCCAUAAAGCACCAGUGGUGGUGACAUCUUUUCAAAGACUGAGUUUUGACCCCAAAGGCUCAACAUUUUAAACAUGACUGCCAUUUUGAAUUAUAAUCUAAAUGUAAUCUUGUUAAUAUUCUAAUGUCUAAAAUGCCGCCAUUGAUAGUUGCCUUCGAGAUACCAAAGCUUUGUUGUCACUUGUUAGUCAGUAAUCUAAGGUAUCAAUAAGUAGCCUAGUCUACCAAAGAUCUUGCCUCAACCCUGUCACUCUCCCUUUGACAAUCACAAGUGUAAGUCAAACACAAUGUAGAAGAUGAUACAGUCCUACAGCAGGUUACAGUAGACUACAGUAGAUUACAGUAGGCUACAUUAGGCUACAGUAGAUUACAGUAGGCUACAGUAGACUGACUACAUUAGGCUACAGUAGAUUACAGUUGGCUACAGUAGACUGACUACAUUAGGUGACAGUAGAUUAAAAUUGGCUACAGUAGACUGACUACAUUAGGCUACAGUAGAUUACAUUAGGCGACAGUAGACUGACUACAUUAGGCUACAGUAGAUUACUGUUGCCUACUGUAGUCUACUGUAGACUGACUACAUUAGGCUACAGUAGAUUAUAGUAGGCUACAGUAGACUACAGUAGACUACAGUAGGCUACAGUACACUGACUACAUUAGGGUACAGAAGGGUAUGUUAGGCUACAGUAGAUUACAGUAGGCUACAGUAGACUGACUACAUUAGGCUACAGUAGAUUACAGUUGGCUACAGUAGACUGACUACAUUAGGCUACAGUAGAUUACAGUUGGCUACAGUAGACUGACUACAUUAGGCUACAGUAGAUUACAGUUGGCUACAGUAGACUGACUACAUUAGGUGACAGUAGAUUAAAAUUGGCUACAGUAGACUGACUACAUUAGGCUACAGUAGAUUACAGUUGGCUACAGUAGACUGACUACAUUAGGCUACAGUAGAUUACAGUAGAUUACAGUUGGCUACAGUAGACUGACUACAUUAGGUGACAGUAGAUUAAAAUUGGCUACAGUAGACUGACUACAUUAGGCUACAGUAGAUUACAGUUGGCUACAGUAGACUGACUACAUUAGGCUACAGUAGAUUACAGUUGGCUACAGUAGACUGACUACAUUAGGUGACAGUAGAUUAAAAUUGGCUACAGUAGACUGACUACAUUAGGCUACAGUAGAUUACAGUAGGCUACAGUAGACUACAGUAGACUACAGUAGGCUACAGUACACUGACUACAUUAGGCUACAGUAGAUUACAAUAGGCUACAUGUAUAUUACAUUAGGCUACAGUAGACUACAUUAGGCUAUAGUGGAUUACAGUAGACAACAGUAGACUGCAGUAGACUGACUACAUUAGGGUACAGAAGAUUACAAUAG